AUGACCCUUUUGCCCUUUUGUGUUUUAAGGAAUUGCACAGCCCACCUGUACGAUUUCUGUCGCCGCGUGUCUUCUGCGCUUCUCUCCACCGAACGCCCGCUUGGGGGAGAGACAGGACAUCAGAAAGUGCUGUUUAGGGACGCCACACCUCAGCUCUGUUUUCCCAAAGGACUGAAAUUGACCAUUGAGAGAAAGAGAGAAGAAAGAAGCACAAGAAUAAAGCAGCUUCAAAUCCUUCGCAGUUUGAUAAGAUUGUUAGAGACGGAAAGUAUCUUACACUUGGAGGAAGUUUUUGAGUUAGAAAUGUUCACUCAAUUUCCAAGUUAUUCCGAACUUUAUGACACCUUAACUGUUGCUGUUAUUCAGAACUUGAAGAUUAUUCAGAUACUACAUUCCAUUAGCCAUUCAAUUAAUAUAAAUAGCAAAGUCUGGCAGAUAUAUGUGACACAUACUCUUCCAAAACUGAUCAAAAAAGGAGACGAUCGAUUGUAAUAAUGGAUCGAUUCCAGUUUGCAACACACUGUGCUUACAGGUGUGCAUUGCUUUUACAUAUGUGUGUCUUAAUGGAUACUCCACAUCUAAAAACAGAUAUUUUUCUUCCUUUUUUUUAAAACAAUCAAUUUGGAAAGACCAUUCUACCCUUCUUAAUUGUUUUGA